CGACGCCGUUUAAGGUACUGAUUGUUUCUUUCGCCGACCCGAAGCGCAGACGCGACCGAAACCAAACCACCGUGUAGUCUCCAUCUCCGCCUCGAUUUUGACUCGCCUGAACCAUACCUCGAAGGAGCGUCUCGAAUCCUCUCCGUCAAUGAAGACAAGAGCAAAACCUCUUUAUCUUCUCCUCUCUUAAUUUGGGGCAUCGUUUGGUUUCGAACAAAUUCAAGAACAAGCUUCUGGGUGGUUAACGUAUCUGCUCAACAUAAGAGAUGAAAAUAGUUAAGGCAAAUGCAGGAGCACUUACUAAUUUCGAGGUGCUUGAUUUCCUAAACUCAAGAGGUGCAUCAAAAGAUACUACUAGAGUUAUAGCUCCAAUUGCUAGAUCAGAAUACAAGGUCUAUGAUUAUUUGUUGGAGACUGCUGCUUCCACUCAAACACGAGAGAGCGUUAACAAAUUCGCAGAUAAGUGCAAAGAUUUCAAUGUCGCCAAAGCUGAGAUUCUCAACAUCAUCAAUCUCCGGCCUUCUUCUAUUGUCGAAUUGGAUCCGAUCAUAGAGAAGGCUCCCGAGGGACAGGAAGUACGCGAAAUCGACACAGAUGGGAUAUUAGAGCUUGUGAAGGAUUUGCUACCUCCUCUGCCUACUACUGAAACUGAAACUCCUAAAGAUAAUGAUGAAGAAGAAACAGAGAACAGUGAACUGUCGUAAUAUGCAAACGAAGUUUUCAAGUUGUUUAUCUUUUUAGCUUAUAAUAUAUAUAUUUUUAUGUAAUCUAGGUUCAGAACGAGACUGAAAUUGUACUAAACUAGAUGGAGUUAGAGAUGAUUUAAUUUUGGUUUCAUA